AUAAUGCAAACGUCGGCUUGAUAAUUCUCGAUAUCACACUCAACCUCAUCCAAUAGUUGUCAAUCACCGCUUGGACGUCCUGUGGCCGAAGCGUCCUUUGAUUUGUUGCCAUAGAGACAAGGUAUUUUUUAAUUCCAACAGGCAACAUGGACAUGGUCGAAGCGGAGGAGCGCGAAGUCAAGAGUAAAUUUGUUUAAUUUUUUGCCGAAAGAGAAGCGUCUUUUCAUGAAGUGAAACAACAAAUCAGAUGUCUUCGAAAGGCUUUCGCGGUGCACCUUUCGGCGUCCAAAGCGCUCGAUUUGAUGUGUCUGGUUUACAUCCUAAAAGCAAGACACCUGGAACCUUAACUCAAGUCGCCUAUGACAAAAAAUCCAUCAGUGAUCUUAGUCGAAGUCUUGGACCUGGCAAGUACAACGUGGCUAAUGGCUCCUUCUGUGAAAAAGCCGUCCGGGAAAGAUCAUCUGGGCCAGGUUGGGAAAGAGCUUAUGAAACGAUGCAGGAAGCUAAGUGUCCGCACCUACUCUAUAAAGAAGAAUGGAACAAAAAACAGUUGCAGAAAAAACAACUUGGACCUGGAACAUACGAGAUAAAAGACUUUGCUGAAUUACUGGAUUCCAAACCGGGAAGUGUUCGUGGAAUUUGUGAAACAAGAGAGAGACGAUUUCUUGCUGCGGGGAAGAGCGAUAUCCCGGGUCCUGGAACAUACGGAAAAGGUGGAAUACCUAACGCUGCUGUAGAGGAAAAGCAAAAACUGUCAGCAAGUAAUGUUGGGAUGCUGGAGUCAGGAAAAUCUGAGCGAAAACUCCCAGAAGUGGGUUCCCAUCUAUGUCCUGGUCAGUAUAAUUCAAAAAGCUUUACGGACAAACUCGCCGAAAGAGUUGUCAGUAAACGCGGUCCGUACGAUCUUUUCACUGGAUCAAGAAACAAGCCCAUUACUGCUGGACACUUUGCUGUUCCGAUUCGAGCCAACCUUGGUCCUGGGCAAUACGACAUUCAAUCAUUUCUACACGAAUUUAAGAGCGAACAUAAAAAUCGUCACGGAAGGUUUUUGAAAUUAGAAAGAUUCCCGGAUUAUCCGGCAAAUAGAAUUUACUUCAGCACACUGAGUCAAUGUCCCCAAGGAAAGACCGACGUUGGACCCGGUUCUUAUACACCACGCAGCCUCAGUAAAUCCGAGCCAAUAAAACGGCCUGGAUUUGGUUCCUCGGCUGGACGCUUUGAUAAACACGCCAGAAAAUUCUUCCUUGCAAGCAAUAAUCCAGUUGGCCCAGGUCGUUAUGACAUGGAGAGAUAUCACGAAGCACAACCAGCAAAUGGUAACUCAAGCGUGUUUAAAUCGAAAACGGGCAAAUUUGAUUUGGUUCGGGACAAGUACAUGACAGAAAGAAUAAGAGAAAAAGACCUGCGGCCUGAGGAAAGGGUCUUUAUAGUGCCCAUCGAUGUCAUGUGAUUUCUAUAUCACCACCAUUUUUCAACACGAACUUUAGAAUUUUGUACUUAUUUUCAUAGAUCAUUUUGUAGCCAAGCACCCGCAUGAAUUUUUGUAAAUCACGAUUGAAUGGAAUAAAAUGCAAUUCAGUUUG